AUGGACUGUGUUUCGUUCGCUACUGCAAAAUCCGAACAAUCAGAGGAAAUUCGCAAGUUUAUGCUGGACUACUUCUAUGCACACGAACCUACAAAUCAGUCGUAUAUAUACGGUAAAGACCCCGCUCCGGAGGAUGUGGAAUUUUCUAUUCGUUUUUUGAAUCUCGGACUUGGUGUCGUUGCACUUAGCAGUGAAGGAAAAGUCGUUGGAUUGUCACUGGGUUACGUCGGGGAGCUAGAUGAUGCGGCGGCAAUGCGUAAUAUAGCUGAUCGAUCGCUGGAUGAGAAGUUUCGUGACAUAAUGAGAUUCUUAGCGGUUAUUCAGGAAGGUGCCAAUAUCCAGGCUCAGUUUGGCGUAACCAAGAUUUAUGAGAUCCAAAUGUUAGCAGUGCAUCCGGAUUAUUGCGGCCAAUCGAUUGGCACUGAGCUAACCAAGAAACAGAUUGACAUUGCCAUAGACCGUGGAUUUGAAGCAGUUUAUGCCGAUUGCUCUAGCGUGUACUCGGCUAAAAUUAUGGAAAAACUUGGCUUCGAGUGUGUUCACGAGAUCGCUUUUGCCGACUACCGUAAUCAGCAAGGCGUGCAGAUUUUCAAAACAGACAGCAUUCACACGGGUUUGCAGUCUUUCUUUAAGAGAUUAUAA